AGUAGAAGUAGUAGUAGUAGUAGUAGUAGUAGUAGUAGUAGUAGUAGUAGUAGUAGUAGUAGUAGUAGUAGUCAAGUCAAGGAGUGUAUGGUGGUUUUACUUUGACAGUCCCUGACAGGAAUCAGUAUUUCAUGUCUCCGUCAACCUGCCGUGUUUCCAGGAGUCUAGAGUCCGGACUCCGCUGCUGGACGUGUUUGACCUGGAUCAUGGAACUGGUCUUUCAGUCAGUCCGUCACGGUCUUCCUCUCUAACCCUGCAGCGCCCGGAGCUCCAACAUGCUGCAGCCGGGAAACAGCUCCUCCGGCUGGGCUGAACACCUCGAGUCCAACCGGUCCGAGGCGGAGGACGGCGGGUCCGGGCCGGAGGCGGUGAUCGUGCCGGUGGUUUUCGGGCUGAUCUUCGUGGUGGGGCUGGUGGGGAACUGUUUGGUGAUGGUGGUGAUCGGGAAGGUGAGGUACAACAGCGGUGCGGGAGGAGGGGGGAGGCGCUCAGGCAGCCCGACCAACAUCUUCAUCCUGAACCUGGCCGUGGCGGACCUGAGCUUCCUCCUGUUCUGCGUCCCCUUCCAGGCCACCAUCUACUCCCUGCCCCAGUGGGUGUUCGGAGGGUUCGUCUGUAAGUUCGGACACUACUUCUCCACCGUCAGCAUGCUGGUCAGCAUCUUCACGCUGGUCGCCAUGUCCUUGGACCGCUACAUCGCCGUGGUGCACUCCAAGAAGUCUCCGUGCGUCCGGAGCCGCAGGAACGCGCUGGUCGGGGUGUGCGUUAUCUGGACGCUGUCACUGGUGUGCUCGGUGCCGGUGGCCCAGCACCAGGUCCUCACCAACCACCCCACUGCCCCGAACAGCACCUUCUGCUGGGAGCAAUGGGCCGGAGUCUCCAGGCACAGCUACAAAGUGACGCUGCUGAUGAUCGGAUACGUGCUGCCGCUGCUGCUCAUCAGCUGCUGCUACACCAAGGUUUUGUUUCAUCUUCAUAAAAAAAUGAAGAACAUGUCAAAGAAGUCUGAGCGCUCCAAAAGAAAGACGGCUCAGACGGUCCUUCUGGUCGUCACCGCCUUCACCAUCUGCUGGACGCCCCACCACAUCAUCGCCAUGUGGGUGGAGUUUGGCAACUUCCCCUUGAACGACGCCUCGUUCGCCUUUCGUAUUAUCUCUCACUGCCUGUCCUACGGAAACUCCUGCGUUAAUCCCAUUCUCUACGCCUUCCUGUCCGAAAACUUCCGCAAGGCCUGCCGCCAGGUCUUCACCUGCCAUUUCCUGUACCCACCACCGCCCCGAGGCAAGGUGGUUCGGUUCCGCAUGGAGAACUACUCCACCACGCAAUCCACCACCAACAUAUGAAGGACUUGGGGAGUGAUCAGAUAAAUGACGAGAACACAUUGAUUUCCUCCAGAGGAAACAGGAGUGAGGGCUGUGUCCAAACAGAUCAGAGGCUGAUGCAGUUCCUCUUCAGCAGUAGCUGGGUCACAUGACAACACCACAGCACGUGAUUGGCUGAGGACAGUGUCUGUGGACAGCUUUGUCUGGGUUUAGAAGAGCAGAAGAGAGAGAUUAGUUAACAUCACAUUUACCAGUGGAAACAGAAACUUUCACAAAUCACUGCUGUUCUGUGAAAACCAGGAAUCAGCCCCUUUCACAGUUUUAAAGUCAAGUUGAUAUGAGUUGAUAUUUUCUAAUAAAUUGGUCCAAGAACAGUUUUAUCAUCUUUUGAGAAAUGGACAGUAGCUGCAGUUUCAUUUGUUUCGAAGUGGAAUUUUCCCUCAGUUGAUCUGAGAAAUAUAAAACCUGCAGACACGGGUCAGUACAAGCCGAGCAUGUUUGAUUUAAUAUGUUGACGAUAUUGUAUUAUGUUUUAUGUUCUGUGUUUGCUUCAUAGUUUUCACCGGACAUGAACAACAUGUUCAGGUCUAGGCCGCCUCUCUCGGGGUGUUGUGGAACUUUGUGUCUUUUGUAUUUAAAAUGAAAAAUGUAUUAGAUUAUUUGAAGAUUUAAUUUGCUUGUUCUUUGAUUUAGAGACGAUCAAUAAUUUAUAGUUGUGUUCCAUAAAUAUAAAAUAUAUUAUAAAAAUGA